AUGGCCGCUGCACCAUAUGGUGCAAUCUGGCGUCUCUUACGCCGGAAUCUCGCUUCUGAKAUCCUCCACCCUUCUCAGAUCAAGUCUUUUGACGAUGGCAGGAAAUGGGUCUUGGAGAAAUUAACAAACAAGCUCAGACAACAAGCCCGGUCCGGUGAACCAGUUCAUGUGACAGAUGAAUUCCGGCAUGCACUCUUCUCUUUAAAGACCAUUUUCCGAAAGCAAUGGGAUGAAGUCAGGAAAAUACGACGUGAGCAAGAUAACAUUCUUCUUCCUCUCAUAAGAGCUCGACAAGAACAAAAGAAGAAUAACCGAAGUUGUGACAAGGAGGAGGACAAGAUGUUUAUUUCGUAUGUUGAUACGUUGCUUGACCUUCAACUCCCUGGCCCGGCAGACAAAGGAAUUAGGAAGCUCAGAGAGGAGAACAUGCUGGGCUUGUGUUCUGAGUUUCUCAACGCAGUCACUGACACAACAGCCUCUGCUUUCCAAUGGAUCAUGGCAAGCCUUGUGAAGCACCAAAAUGUGCAAGAAAAGCUAUUCUCAGAGAUCAAAGAAGUGACAAGGCCCGGAGAAGAUAUCAAAGAGGAUGAUUUGCAGCGUAUGCCUUACCUAAAAGCAGUGGUACUGGAGGGGCUGAGGCGACACCCACCGGUGCACCUUCUGUUCCCACAUGCUGUCACAGAGGACAUCUCAAUAGAUGGUUAUGUUAUACCAAAGAAUGCCAURGUGCGAUUCAUGGUGGCAGAUAUGUCAUGGGACCCAAAAGUGAGGAAGGAUCCAAUGGAUUUUAAUCCUGAGAGGUUCAUGACGAGUUGUGAUGGUGAGCAGAAAGGAGGGGAAGUUGCUGUGCCAUUAUCCCUAACAUAUGGUUUGUCAUUAAUUAUAAUUUCCUUGCUGAAAUAA